AUGGCAGACAUUCCAAAAUUCCAAAAUUUAUCGCUAGAGAGACAUGGCAAUGUAUUCGUGUUGACCAUGCAGAAGCCUCCCGAGAAUCGAUUGAACUCGCACUAUUGCCAGGAAAUGAUACGGGCUUACCGUGCAGUUGAGAAACUGUUGGGUCCAGACUCUGAAGGUGCAGUGAUUACGCGCGGUAGUGAUGCUAAGUUCUGGUGCACUGGAUUGGAAUUAGAUGAAUCUGACAAUAAUCCUUUUGCAAACACGGACGGCUUCUACCCGCUUGUCCAUACAAUCCUUGACUUUCCAUUCCCUACUAUUGCGCUACUCACGGGACAUACAUUUGGUGGCGCCUGUCCUCUUGCACUGGCGCAUGAUUACCGCGUCAUGAACUCGCGCCGCGGCUUCAUUUCUAUGCCGCCCGUCAAUCUGGGGUUGCACUUUGAUGGAAUUGGAUCUCUUCCACGACUUAAAUUGCGCCCUCAAAUUGCACGAAAGAUGCUUCUCGAAGCACACAGGUGGACUGGAAAGGAGGCGCUGGAAGAUGGUAUUGUCGAUGCUGUUGCCGAGCCAGAGAAGAUGCUGGAUGUCGCUCUGGAGCUGGGGGCAAAGUGGGCACCCAAGGCGAAGAUGGGUGUAUAUGCAUUACUACGCCACGAAUUAUGGGGAGAGGCGAUCGAGAAGUUCCAAAAAAUCAGCUAUGUUCAUAGUCGGGUGACUGUGGCUCCGGCCAAGGCCAAGAUCUGA